AUGCUCACCAGUGCCAAUGAACUGAGUUUAGUCGUCGGUUGUGCAGUGGGUGUGCCCGUCUUCAUUGUGCUAUGUGUCGUCUCCGGGAUGUUCUGGUUUUCGUACAAGAGGUCCCUCUGCGCAGAGGGGAGGCAAUGCCAUAUGAUUUUGGACCCGAUAUCCACGAUAUCCGCUAGCGAGCUCAAGAAAACCCGGUCCGACACGACUUCUAUCUCCUCGAGCCACGACACGACGCGGGUCGACUCUGUGGCGGAUGGAGGACCGGAAGACGAGGAUGUAAAACGGCUUCGGUCCAUCUACGACGUGUAUUUCGAGUCCAGCAAAUCCACUCUGUUCGAGGAUCCUGCAGACGAAGACGACGACGACGACGAGACGCCGAUUCCAUCGCCCAUCACCAUGGCGUCCACACCACCACCCAUCGGGAACACGAAACCGGAGCGGUUACAAUACGGAGUGCCCAUAACCGCGGAGGCGCUGGACGUGCCGCAACGUGCACAUACAGUAAGGCAGCCGAGACCAACACUGCCGCGUAUUACUGUACAGGACCAAAUCUCGAGAGCGCACCCACAGACACUAGAAAACAUGCAGGCGCUUCCCUCCGCCUCGGAAUUGAAUAGUUCACCAUCGGUCAUGUCGUUCACGGCUUUCAAGAAGGAUCCCUGGAAGUAUAGACAGCAACAGCAGCAACAACAACAGCAAAAUAGGCCGAUGAGCCCAGGUAUGAUGCCCCUAUACAACCAAGGUAUGUUUGUCUGCCCGAUUAACGACCCGACGAUGUUCUACACCAACACAAUAAAGGACCAGUCCCCCACUAAUGGGGCCUUCACUUUGGCAUCCAACGAACCACUGCUGCCGCAUCACCUGCGACAGUCCGUCGUCAUGAUAAAUCCGCACGACCUGACGAGGCAGCGAACGUACAAACCAGCAGGUUCCUUUAGGAAGGGCAGGAAGUACUUGCCUCCGACCGCGCAGAACCUGACCGUGGAACACAGGGCGGAGAUGCGCGUCUCAGGGCUCCUGGAUGACAACGACACAGUGCAACCGCUGAGCGUAGGGGAGAUUCUCCCGAUGAAGUCCAAGCCGAAGCAGUUUGCCAACAACGACGACGACCUGCUGCUGAGGAAACAGCUCGGGACAUCCAACAACUACCAGAUCUUCCUAUAG